AUGGAGGAUGAUGCUUAUUGUGGAGGUCAGAUCAGCUCCAGCUUCUUCCUUUGCCAGAUGGAUAACUAUCAGGUUCGAGAGGAAAGAUUUUGGCUGGAGCUGACCUCAGUUCUUGUUUGGGUGGUGGUGGAGCACCUCCUACAGGUCCAUUUGAAGCUGAGUGCUGAUGCAUUGGAAGUUAGAAAAUGCCCACUUUUCAAGGAGAUGCAAAUUUGCAUACAAAUAAAUGAUCGUAACACUGACCAGGAAACAGAUGCUGAGAAUGCUAACAGCGAUCCUCCACCAAUUCCCCAAGGCAUCUCUCCUGACAGAAAGAGUUCCUCAGAUACAUCACGGUCCAGCUACAGCUUUACAAGACGAAUUUCAAAUUUCGAGGCCAUCAGACGACCAAGCUCCCCAUUACUUGAUAUCAAACCUAUUGAGUUUUGGGCACUAGGAUCUAAGAAAGAAAUAGUUCAACCAAAAGUAUUUCGAAAAGCCAAUGUGCCUGAGGACUACUUCCGAAAGUUUGAGCCAAGACUGUACUCUGUUGAUUCAAGCAAUGAUGAUGUGGAAGCUUUGACUGAUGAUGAGAUUCUGUCCAAAUAUCAGCUUGGAAUGCUCCAUUUCAGCACUCAGUAUGACCUGCUACAUAACUCCUUGAUCGUGCGAGUGAUCGAAGCCAGGGAUCUUCCUCCCCCAAUCUCAUACGAUGGGUCUAGACAAGACAUGGCUCAUUCGAAUCCAUACGUGAAGAUGUGUCUCCUUCCAGAUCAGAAGAACUCAAGACAAACGGGUGUUAAACGAAAAACCCAGAACCCAGUUUUUGAAGAGCGUUAUACAUUUGAGAUUCCAUUUUUAGAAGCUCAGAGGAGGACUCUCCUUUUAACAGUUGUUGACUUUGAUAAGUUUUCACGUCACUGCGUCAUUGGAAAAGUCACGAUGCCUUUAAAUGAGGUUGACCUUGUGAAAGGUGGACAUUGGUGGAAAGCACUGAUUCCGAGCUCUCAGAAUGAAGUUGAACUAGGAGAGUUAUUGAUUUCUCUCAAUUACUUGCCAAGUGCAGGAAGACUGAAUGUGGAUAUUAUUAGGGCAAAACAACUCCUUCAGACAGAUAUGAGCCAAGGUUCAGAUCCAUUUGUUAAAGUUCAGCUGGUGCAUGGAUUAAAACUGGUAAAAACUAAAAAGACAUCUUGUAUGAAGGGCACUAUCGACCCAUUCUACAAUGAAUCGUUCAGUUUCAAAGUUCCAGUGGAAGAAUUGGAAGAUAUCAGCUUAGUUUUUACAGUGUAUGGUCACAACAUGAAAAGCAGCAAUGAUUUUGUUGGCCGGAUUGUCAUUGGUCAGUACUCCACGGGAGGCCCUGAGUCCACUCACUGGCGCCGCCUGCUGAAUGUUCACCGAACCUCGUCUGCUCAGUGGCACAGCCUGCGUUCCCGGUCUGAGUGUGACCGCGUCUCCUUAGCAUCACUGGAGGUGACAUGAUGCCAUCCCAUGUGCCACGGUUGCCAAAGCUGAACCGUGCUGGUGUUGGCACCGUCUGGCAGCAUCAGCUCCUGUAUCUUGACAGAGGGAAUCACUCCCCUGUUUUUGUCUUUGACCGUGUUGUAUUUGAAACAAAACUCUGCAGCACCAAACCAAUGUAUUAGUGAGUUAUCUUUGGAGCACUAUUAAAUUAUUAAUUUAGAGACAUAUUAUGCUGUUACAUGUCACAAAUACUGAAUAUAUCUGAUUGAAGAUGAAUUUGGCUGUCCGUUAUAAACUUAAAAAGAUCAUGUGAACUUUCUUGGUGUAAGUCAUUCAGUAGCUUAAAUUUGAAUGUUAUUGAUGGGAUUUGUGUUUGUGGAAGCCAUCAAUAUUUGAAGGAUUGUUGUUAUUAUCUGGGUAAGACGGUAAUAUCUCUAGUGCUGUAUAUCAUUCCACCAUGCUUCUAGAUAAUUAAAGCCUGCAAUUGGGAAUUAUCAUAUAUUAGAUAGUUAUUUGAGCACAACAUUCCUGUAAUGGUGAAUCAGGAUCCAUAGAGCUGUUCUGUAAGUUGUGCAGAGCUGUGAGGACAUUUGGGUAGAAUGGUAUAUCGAUGCAAUACUUUAUCCAGGUUUGUCUUGUGUGAUUGGUCGACAGUAUUUGAGUCUUUAGCUAGAAUGAUGUAUGGCUUUAAUUCUAAUUAUCCAGUCAGAACGUUGCCAGUAACAGCUAUUGCCAUCUGUGUUUUAAUAGAUGCUUAUUCACAAUUUUAGAGCAUAUUGUUUUGGAUCAAAAUAUCUAUUCCAAAUAAAGCAAAUGUGGAGAUGUAUUGCAUUUAUUUUGUUAUGCAUUGCUGCUGGUUCAGAACUAAUUGUACCCACUACAAGGCGAGUGAGAGUAUCGCAGUAAUGGGAAGGUACAGGUACAGGGUCAGGAUAUUACUGAGGAAUAUCUCAGGAAUAUCGCAGGAAUACCUCAGGAAUUGACUGACAGGUUUAGACAGUACAUUUGGAUCGGCUCAGGCUUGGAGGGCCGAAGGACCUGUUCCUGGGCUGUAAAUUUUCUUUGUUCUUUGUUGUUUAAUAAAAAGCUUUCUUCAGGUGUGGGUAUGGUACAUGUAAUAUCAUGUUGAAUGUAAGUAUAACGUACUUGAUGUAAUGGGCUGCAAGCAAAUAUUCAUUGCAAUUAAACUUUCUGUUGAUAAUAUAUUCUUUUGAAAUUAGUGAAGGAAUACUUCAAACAUAUUUGUUAACAAAGACUCGGGUAUUAGGUAAUAAAAUAAAUACUUUUAAAAUCUAACUUUAAUGUAGGGAACUAUUUAUACAUGUACAAAUCCAAAAGUGUUGAGCCAUAGG